GACUGCUCUUCCCAUCACCAAUGUAGCGCUGGUAUUUUCUGGUUCUGUGGCGCAGAGGAUUUCAGAGGUAUGGUUUUCGCGUAUUCCCGUCCGCAGCAGUUGUCUAGCAAGAUGGCCCUUAGCCAUGCUCGCGGGGCGGCAGAUACUCUGUCUUUUGCAUCCCGCUAUGCUGCCUUGCAGCGGGUGUGACUUGGCCGGUUAUACUACAGCCAAGAAAUGUCGGGAUUCUGAGAAAGGACAUGCCCCCGUCUGCUUUGGCCUUGUGUUUGUGACCAUUCAUCACCAACUUUUCUGGCACUUUGCCAGAGUCCCGAGUAUGCUUUUAGGAUCUUUUAUGGGUAUUUACCCCUUCCCUCCUGCAGUCCUUUCGCAUUUUGACAAUUUUGCCAUAUUACUGCCCAAACUGUAGCGACGUCACCUCGCGAUUCGACCAAAAAAACUAUGUGAAAUAAGGGCAAUGCCCAGUUCUUUUUUGCAGCUAGCUACCACCAACAUUUGCGUUGACCAGCGGUUCCACCUACCACUUUCAAUUUCCUGCAUCGUCAAACAACCACUUGAAAUAGGUUGAAGAUGAUGUUCCUUGUAGAAGUGGUCUUUCGAAGUCCAAGUCUUUUGAGGCCACAGAUUUCGAUCAAGAAGUGAUGUUCCAAAGAAGCGUUGAAUCGGGAUGUUGUAUGAAAUUUGAUGUUUUCAACACCGCCAACUUUGCCAACUUCGGCAAUUCACCAAGGAGAAUCCCUGUGUUGACUCAAAGGAGUUCCUGGGAUUUCAAGAUGGGGUAGGUUCAAAAAAGAAUCUCAAAAGGUAAUCGUUUUGUCUCGCUCUUCACUCCUCGAGAAGCGACGCAGCUUCGACGACGUAAACAUAUAAGACAUUUGGUGACGGUCGCUGGUUCGAGGACGGUCGCCUGAGAACAGCUCUGUCAAAGCGAGCCCCUUUUCCCGAUAGCAUCGAUCCAAUGCUCUGGUUCUUUUUCCAAAGGAUCCCUGCCGCGCUCAGUGUGGAUGCCAGAAUACCUUUCGAACGCAGCCAGCUUUUUGGAGGACGAUGCUAACGGCUAACCUGCUGGAUGUCAUAGAUUGCAGUAUAUCCUGGAGAAGAAAGAAGGCUUUCGGAGGAUGAUGCUAACGCCCUGCAUGUCGUAAUACCUGGUCUCGCAGGAGGCCGAGGAUCAGCCGACGAUCUGCACGGGUUUGCGGGUGGGAUGCGUGGGGUCGAUGCAAAACUCGCUGGAUGUUGUAAUGCUUUGCGUCGCGGGCUUGGGGGAAGGGUACGAUCAGAGCAAGCGAUCUAUCAGUGACGAUCUGAGGGCGGAUGGCAGAAUAUCUCUUCGAGGCUUUUGUCGAGCCGGGCCCGAGGGUGGAUCUAAAUGCAGACGGCGCGCCCCGCUGACACGGACGUAGCCUUGCAGCUCGGGCGCGGGAGAUGUGUUUGGCCGGUCAUUCUUGGCCGAACGGGAUUGUCGGACCAUUGACUGCUCUGAUGUCAACAGAAAAUAGCUCUGGAUUGGAGGGUUUCGCUGUGCCUUAGGCAAAGCCCUGUGGUGGUGCCACUUGCACUGGCGCUAUAGUUACAGAAGAGAGAGAAAAUGGCAGCUACCACAAAAUAGACUGCAAUCAGUUCUCAGAGAUCUUAGAGCCAGGUGGCAAAUUUCUGUUGGACACCUUUUGUGUGGUCUAAAGAACAUUCUAUAUGUGUUUCUCGUUUCUUUCUUGCGGUAGUAGCUGACACCGCUGCAGGCAGAUUCGCGGCAAAUUUGGACUUGAAGGUUCAUGCUGUGCGCGUGCCUAACGUAGCUCUUGACCCUUGACUGUAUGCUAGCGCGCAGGAUCAGCUGAAGGAACCUGCGCGCUAGACGCGUGCUUCUAUGCAGGCAGGCGGUUCCUUCAUAGGCACGAAGUACCUCAAACCCAGGGAAAAGAGCGCCCAGGACACUUGGAUGUAGACAGAUGGCCUCAAGUUGGUGAAAUCACAGAAUGCGACCAUUGUGAAGAUCCUGCCGGCGCCGCCGGCCAUACGAAGAGAGGCGGAGGCCGAGAGGCAGCAGUAUUGCACUAGUGGCAGAUGAGGACAAGGUACGAUACGGAGAGGGGUAAGGGUCCAGAAUGGAAAGGACGAAAGUGUUUAUUGCCUAUCCACUCGUUGUGGCCCGGAGUGAGCCGACACACAGCCUGGCGCGAGUGUGUUUGGUGCAGUGGGCGUGCGUGCGUAUACAUUUUACGGAUGUAGGUUGCUGCUACACUAGUAGCUGUGUUACCAUGUUUCAUAUGAAAUCUAAAGCUAGAAUGCUCAAUGCUUGCCAUCAAAAGCGUCAUGCAUUCUUGCGCUUGCUGGUACCGAGUCCUUCAAGACCCAGUGUGCCAGAUUUCUACCUAGCCAUGGGAUCUUUGAAGCAAAAGAAGCUGCCCCGUGCUUUUAGUGGACUUCGAACUUUGGCAUGUUCAUGUCCUUGGUCUCUUUGUGCUGGGCGGUCAGACAGCUCAGUUUGUAGCUGCGUGUUUGGCCAACUGUUCUCAGAAGGGUUGGCUCUUUCGCCGGGUCUGGAGGGGGCGGAUGUUCGAGAUGUCAAAGCGAAGCAGAUGUCGGUCAGGUUCAACGAUCAACUUCGAGAGUGGCAUUGGCAGCGAAAAGGGGGCACAUUCUUCCAAAUUUGGCAACCGCCAGGUGUGAUCUUCAGCUGCUUGCAGAAGGAUCAUCAUUUGCAUGGGCAGAGGGUCCCAGCCUGGGAAUCAUGGGGAUUCAACGAUCCGAAGGUCCCCACACGCUUGGUGCUCCGAGCUCUUGGCGGUCGAUGGGUGAGCUGGAAGGCCAUGCAACGCCGCCAGGAGAGAUGGGUCAUUGCAGAUAGCAACGAUGGGCAUCUAUUCAAUGCUUUUGUUCGUGCCAUGGAUUUCUAUGGUAUCGAUGCCAAGGACCCAGAGAGCAGCUUUCCUAAUAUCAGGUUGCUGUAUGCACAUGCCCGCUCUGCACUGGCAUUUUUUCCAAAGCAAUCUCUUCGUAGUCUACAUAUUCACUUCCCAUGGGCCCAACGAAGCUCUGCACCACGUCGCGCUGCCAUGGUCAAUCUCCAGCUCCUGCUGGAUGCUUGCAGCAUCCUAGAGCCCAGAGGAGAGCUUCACAUUGUGUCUCGGCAGACCUUGCGACAUGGCAUGGUACACCUCCAGAUGAAGAGGUUACGAAAGCCAGCCGAUAGGCUAGGCUGAAGUUAGUGCGGCGAAUGAAGUUCGUCGUUAGGGGAUGAGGAGACCGGGUGAUUUUUGGUGGCUUGGUGAUGCGAACGAUGCAACGUGAUGAUGUAUUGCAUUACUAGCAUCACUGCUACACGAGAGUAGUACACAUGGCUAGUCAAAAGCAAGCCUAUUCAUAUGUGAACAUGGCUGAAAGAACUAAUAUAUCAAUAUAUAGAACAUGCCUCGUACCAGUCACUCGCGGGGACUAGCCUAUGAUCCCCCAAGACCACUGCUUUCAGUUUCAAUACUUCCGACUAUCUUUGUGUUGGAUCAUCUAAGCUAUACGGAUUUAAACGCUUACGCCUAGGAGCGGGCUGGGCAGGUGAUGCGUCAGGUGCUACCUUGUAGAGGUCCUCUGUCUCUUUCCCUUUCUCUUCCUCUUUCUCGCUUGCCCCUUUUCCCUGUCUCUUUUUUUCUUUCUCUGGAAGAGGAAGAGAGGAAGAGCAAGCAGAAGCACAAAGUGCUAAUAGUGCAAGGCCGCUCGGGCAGCAUAUCUCGCACCGCAGGCGUUUGAAAGCAACCUCGCAGCCAUCAACAU